AUGUCGGGACAGCGGGAACAAGUAUUCCCGACGCGUAUGACGCUAGGGAUUACGAAGACGCGCUUGAAGGGAGCACAGAACGGCCACUCGUUGUUGAAACGAAAGGCGGAUGCACUUACCAAGCGUUUUCGCACCAUCACGGGAAAAAUCCAGGACGCCAAGAAGCAGAUGGGCAAGGUCUUGCAGCUUGCCGCGUUCAGCAUGGUCGAAGUCGGGUACUCGACGGGCGAUAUCAGUUAUGCGGUGUGCGAGAAUGUGACGCGUGCGACAUUUAAGGUGCGCGCGCGCCAGGAGAAUAUCAGCGGUGUGCUGCUCCCUGCGUUUACCGUGCAGACCGUCGGGAGCGACGGAACGAUGCGCAGCGGUGAGGACAAGAGCGAGGAGGCGCAAAAUGGCUCGAAUGCGCGGAGCGAUUUCAGUCUCACUGGCCUUUCGCGCGGCGGCCAGCAAGUGCAAAAAGCGCGCGAAACAUACACCAAAGCGCUGCAUGUGCUCGUGGACUUGGCGAGUCUGCAAACGGCCUUUGUUAUCUUGGACGAAGUAAUUCGUAUGACGAAUCGGCGUGUUAAUGCGAUUGAGUAUGUGAUUAUCCCACGUUUGGAGAACACAAUCAAGUAUAUCAUUACCGAGCUCGACGAAAUGGACCGCGAGGAAUUCUUCCGCCUGAAAAAGGUGCAAGCGAAGAAGAAGCGUACCCACGAGGCAGAGAACGAGUUGAGUGCUGUUGACCAGGCGGACACGCCAUUCAUCGAGAACGACGAGGGCGUGUUUAUCAGUGGCGGUCAAGAUAGCGAUGUUGUUUUUUAG